ACAUGUGAUCCAGACGGAAAACGUGGAAAGGAAUUGUAAAUGGAAAUGACAGGCUGAGGCACCUUUGCAAAACUGAGCACAGUAAGUAUCUUUCAUAUUUGCAAGAUUAUUUUCUCGCUUCAAAGUUUCAAAGGUUUACAAAUCAGUAUCGUCAGCGAAGAUCAAUAACAUUUUAAACGUUAAAACAGAGCGUCGGGAUUGUCGUUCACACGGAGCCAGCUGUCCUUGCAUGCCAUCAGCUGAGAACCCAAGUCAGAGAGAGACAGGCUGUGAGCCACCUUGGGUUCUCCAGAGCUAAUGUAGGUCUAGCCUACUGCAUUAAAAAAAAAACAUAUUGGAUAAUAUUUUCUAAAAUGUAUCACUCAGAAGUCUUGAGUUACCACUGUCAUUGGAAUCUGUGUAGGCAAAGUUGUGCACGUAUGUAUUAGUAUUAGUAGAAACACAAGUUCUACUCUCGACUUCUUGUCGUCUACUGUGGCUGUACUCUAUAGAACCACAGGGUGGCGCUAAAUCACUGAACAUUUCUACAUUUUGAACUAAGUCCCACACUUCACUUUACAAACUUGUCCCAAAUUUAAAUCAUUGUUUUGUCCGUAUGGACGCUGUGAUUUUGUUGACUAUAUUCCUACAUUAUUUAGGACGUUUUCUUUUCCCUUGGAAUGUUUAUAGCUUCCCUUAUCUUUAGUUUACAAGUCCAAGUCGGUCGAGUUGUAGUACACAUGACGUCAGGUGAACUUGGGAUGGCUUCUGUGCUGUUCGGCACUCCCCCCUCCUCCUCUGUCCCAGUCCUCUCCUCCUGAACACACAACCCGGGUCACUCGGGUACUACCCAACAAAACACAGGACUUUCAGAUACUCUGAAAACAGCCGACGGAUUACUGAGAAGACAACUCUUUUUUUGUUUGUUGCACAAAGGAAUAGUUUACCUCAAGCAUAAAUAAGCUGUCUCACAACAAGAAAACGUUGUCGAGUCUAUUGAGAAGUCCAGGACACAGGCACCAUGACCAGUCAGUAGAAAGGCAGUAUUGCAGUUCUCUGUGGGGUCGGGAUGUUUGCACAGUGACCAGUCGUUGUCGGACGAGACUCCAGCUCCACAGUGAGAAACAGCGUGAUUGAUGCACCAUGGAGGACGGGAACGAAGUGGAUCUGUCCAACAAUCACAUCAGUCCUCUGUGGAAGCGGCAAUCGGCCAAUCACACUGGUCCCAGCAAGCUAAAGGCCCGGCCCCUCAGCUACCAGAUAGACAGACUCCACAUGACUGACUUCCCCGUAGAGGACAACAAGGGCAGCUUUACCCUGAGCCAGCCUGCAGAGCGACUGGUGGCGACGCCGGGAGGAGGGACGGUCAUUCUGAAGCACGUUCUCAACCAACCCACCAGGAGGACACGGGUUGUCAGGAGUAUCAGCAUUGGACAUUUGGCCAAAGGACGUUUCUCUUUGUCCAAGUUCAAGUCUGAGGAUAAGUUUUCGUCAUUGGACAAUAAGGCGUACCACCACCAUGGAGGAAGUGUUGGUCAAAUUGGUAACAAGGAGAAGGUGUGGUCAGACAAGCGGCCUCGCGAUGCCCUGAAGCGACUCUCCAGCCCGUUCACCCUCACCUCUCACAGAGACCAGAUAGUGUUUGGAACAAGUUCCUCACUGCCGGACCCUGCCUCCUCCAGUCACCCCUCUCCCCCUGCCACCCUCAAUAACAACCACCAUCAUAACUUGACCUCGUCUUCUUCCUAUCACCCCUUAACCCCUCACCCUUCUCCCCCUAACCCCAGCCCUUCUCCCCCUAGUCUCCACACCCCUACCCCAUCUCACAGCUCCACCUGCAGUAUCUCCUCCCUCAACUCCUCCUCCACCCAUUCUGACCCCCCCACACCCCGCAGCCCCUCCCCUGCUGACAUGUCUGCCCCCUCCCUCUCUCCAGCUCCCUCCAUUGUCCUCAGCACCCACAGUGCAGCUGCCCUGAAGAUGGGCACACAACAGCUGAUCCCCAAAGGGCUGGCGUCCAUGAGCAAGGCCUCUCCUGCUGGGGUACAGAGCCAGGGCCUGGGGGGUCUGCUGGGCCUGGAUCCUACCAAGCGGGCCCUACGAGCUGUCAGCAUGGUGGAGACUGGAUCCUUCUUCUCCACGGACGGAGGGGGAGAGGGGACAGACCAGGAUGAGAGCCCUGGGAGUCUGAAAAGGGGGUUGAGGUCUACCUCGUACAGGAGGGCAGUGGUGAGUGGAGUGGAAAUGGAACUACCAUCUGUAGACCCAAAGACCCAUCUCCUGUCCCAGUCUGUAGACCCAAAGACCCAUCUCCUGUCCCAGUCUGUACUCAGAGGACUACAGGAGGUCAAGGAGACACCGACCAGCCCUGGGAAGAAGAACAAGAGGCCGGAUAAGAAGCCAGGACUGAUCACACAGAGGACUUUUGACAGGGAAGAGGAGGAACUGUAUCAGAACUACCAGGAGAAGGCUCUUCACAAUGACUCUGAUGAGGACCAGUCCAGAGAGCCCAAACCUGACGAGGGCAUCGUGGUGCAGUACAGACCCAUACGCACCUCGUGGAGCCAACUCAGUGUGGUGAAGAAGAGCGGCGUUAAGCUCAGCCAGGAGGAGCGGAAAAGACAAGAGGCCAUAUUUGAGUUGAUAUCGUCAGAACACUCCUACCUCCACAGUCUGGAGGUUCUGAUCCGGAUGUUUCAGAACUCAGCGGAGCUCAGUGACACCAUGACCAAGACCGAGCACCACCACCUCUUCUCCAACAUCACAGACGUGUGUGAGGCCAGCAAGAAGUUCUUUAAAGAGCUAGAGGACCUGCACCAGCAGAACGUUGUUAUAGAUGACAUCAGUGACGUCGUGUUCAGACACGCCCAGUCCAACUUUGACCCCUACAUCACCUACUGCUCCAAUGAGGUUUACCAGCAGAGGACCCUACAGAGGCUAGUUAGUAAGAGUUCAGUGUUUAAGGAGGUGUUGACUCGUAUUGAAGGCCACCCAGACUGCAGGAACCUCCCAAUGAUCUCCUUCCUGAUCCUGCCAAUGCAAAGAGUCACCCGCCUGCCUCUGCUGAUGGAUGUCAUUUGUCAGAAGGCUUCUAAAGGCUCAUCUCAGUAUGAGGCCUGUAAGAAAGCCCUUCAAUCAGUCAGCAAGGUGGUGCGUCAGUGUAACGAAGGGGCCCGUACCAUGGAGAGGACAGAGAUGAUGUACACCAUCAACUCUCAACUGGACUUUAAGAUCAAGCCCUUCCCAUUGGUGUCGUCGUCUAGGUGGAUGGUGAAGAGAGGGGAGCUCACAGCCUUCGUGGAGGAGAACGGCAUCUUCUCCAAGAGGACGUCACGUCAUCAGGUCUACUUCUUCCUCUUCAAUGACGUCCUCAUCCUCACCAGGAAGAAGAGUGAAGACAGCUAUGCAGUGAUAGACUAUGCUCUGAGGGACCAUAUCUGGGUGGGACCCUGCCAGGCUCAGGAUAUCAACCUAUCACCCAUCAGAACCACCGCUGGAAUGCUGACAUCACGGCAUCCCGGGGCCAGCCACCUCUUCCGCCUGCGUUUCCGUAGCAACCAUUCCGGAGACAAGGUGCCCAUGGUCCUGGGGGUGGAGCUAAUGAAUGAGCGAGCUCGCUGGAUCACUGCUCUGGGCCAGAGCAGCAACGACGAGAAGAACCAAGACCGGACCAAUGCCAUGCAGGUGGUGGUGACGAGGACAUACACAGCCAAGCAGCCUGAUGAGCUGUCACUGCAGGUGGCUGACGUGGUCCUGGUGUCACAGACUGUGGAGGAUGGCUGGUAUGAGGGCGAGCGACUCCGUGAUGGCGAGAGGGGUUGGUUCCUGUCAGAAUGUGCUGAACCAAUCACGUGCCAGGCCACAAUUGAGCGCAACGUGCAGAGGAUGGACCGCCUCCAGGGGCUGGAAACCAAUGUGUGAUCCGGAACUGCAGGCUCCACCCACUAAUUACACAAGCCUGUUCUCAGACAGACCAAUGAGUGAUCUGGAACUGCAGGCUCCACCCACUAAUUACACAAGCCUGUUCUCAGACAGACCAAUGAGUGAUCUGGAACUGCAGGCUCCACCCACUAAUUACACAAGCCUGUUCUCAGACAGACCAAUGAGUGAACCGUAUGCCAACGACGGCCUUUGACCAAUGUUGAGCGGACCAUCACUGAAUACACCAAUGAGCUGCCUUCAAGCACUUAUCAACCAAUAUGAGAGCCGACUGACACUAAAAUGCACCAAUAUAAUCUCUCCGUGGGUCAACAGACAAAUGUAUGUGUGAGCCUUGCCUGCUGCUGUGUAUCUGUUAGAAUGUGGUUUAUGAUCGUUGCCCAUGCAGUGUGACGUUCUCCGCCUUCUGCCGUAACGAAAUUUGACCCUAUGACCUGUCGACAACACUCUGAUUCCUCCCCCUGAUGGGAGACUGGCCAACCACUGUCCGUGUAACUGUCGUUGCCCCGAUGGACAUCCCCCUUGAACACACACAGAGGACGUGCUGGGGGUCAAAGUUCAAAACUGCCGCGUACAGAGUGGACACCGAAUGUAGGACGACGCAUUCAAACUGAUAUGGACACAGAUUCAUUUGAUCAACUGUUUCCUUCUGAAAGACUCCCCAGGAGUUUCCAUGAAUGAAACUUACCCUCUCUACUACAUAGUAACUAACAAUUUAUAUGAGCCAAAACAACUAUGUUGAUGAUCUGUAUAUAUAUUUGUUUUAAUUGUCAUUCUUUUUUAAAUUCCUGUUUGUCCUGGUGUGAUGAGACUGAUGAAUUGGCUGAGUGAAUAGAGCCAACAUGGCUCACCGUCCAGUUCAGUUUCACCUCUGCUCUGUGGUCAGGCUAUAGUGUGUGAUGAGACUGGUGAAUUGGCUGAGUGAAUAGAGCCAACAUGGCUCACUGUCCAGUUCAGUUUCACCUCUGCUCUGUGGUUUCACCGUACGCAACUGACCCAUAUAGUUCUACACAACUGACCCAUAUAGUUCUACGCAACUGACCCAUAUGGUUCUACGCAACUGACCCAUAUAGUUCUACGCAACUGACCCAUAUGGUCCUAUGCAACUGACCCAUAUAGUUCUACACAACUGACCCAUAUAGUUCUACGCAGCUGACCCAUAUAGUCCUACGAGGUACACAAUGCAUACGGGCUGGAAGUGGAUCUGUAAUUGGGCACUUUGCCUCUAGCUUAAUGUCACUUUACAUAAAUAGAACCAUUUCCGUCCCCACAGAGCUCCGUCGGUCUGCCACUCGGUGUGAUUAUGCCCAGUGAUGUCAGAGAUGGACCUUUUUAAAAAUACUCUCCUUAUGAUUUCGGUGACGUGCAGCAGGAGAGAAAAUGAAAUUAAAUGGUGUGACGGGUCUCUGUUCUGAAACUGGAAAAGAAAAACAGAGCUGUGGUUGUAACUUGAUUGUCCAGCAUGAUUCAUCUCUUUUUUUAAAGUGUGUAAUGUUGUGUGUAACGUUGUGUGUAACGUUGUGUGUAACGUUGUCUCACAUCGUUGAAGGAAACGAGGCCCGAUCAGCUUCCUGUUGUAACACCGUUCAUCAAACCAGACCACGACCUAUCAUGUGGUCUGACCCAGAAGACAAAAAGCUCUCAGGGAAAACUGAUGCGACAUGAAUUUAACCAUUCAUGUAAAUAUGUAACUAAUAUUAACCUCUGUUUAAACAUGCAUGUAAUCCACAGCUAUAGAUUUACAUUGUAGAUGAUGAAGCCUUCAGAUAUUUAAUCGACUUU